GUACACAACACGUAAACUAAGCCAACACAAAACAUAAAGAAAAAUCAUAGCUUGAAAGAAAUAUUAACAAUCCUAAAGCCUCUUCCUUUCUUCUUCUUCUUCUUCUCUUUCUCUGAAGUGAAAGAAAUAAGAAAAAAGUAGCAACUUUGAGUCUUGAUUCAAUACAUUUUCUGUCUGUGUUGCUAGAUAGAGCAAUUUGGGCUUGUGGGGGUGUAUGUCAUUUGAAUAGUUUUAGACAUAUAUUGCUCGGUUUUAAUGGCAAUGGGACCAGAAAGAUCGAAACCUUUACAUAAUUUCACCUUGCCUUAUGGGUUAAAGUGGGGUAACCAGAGACAUUUAAGGUGUGCUAAAGUUGAAUCCAAUGAUGAAAUCUCAGCCAUUCAUCGUGAGUCAAUCGGACGGCGUGGAUCAAAAUUAAGGUCGCCGGAAAAUCAAGAUUCCGGUGAAGAAAUCGGAGCUGUAAGAGAAAAGCUAAUGUUUGAUCUCUUAACAGAAGCUGAUAAGAUGAAAAACACAAUCUUUAAAGAAGCAAAAAAUGAAACAACUUUGACCGGUGCCGUUGAUUUAUCUAGGCCGUGGAAUUUGAGGACACGUAGAGCUGCUUGUAAAGAGCCUAACGGAUACGUCAUCGUGGCCGGAGAAUCCGCCGGAGAUUCUUCAGUCGCCGGAAAAGUCGCCGGAGAUUCAUCUGCCGGCGAGAAGAGAGAAAGGGUGAAGUUUUCGGUUCCGCUUUCGCGAAAAGAAAUGGAGGAGGAUUUCAUGGCGAUGGUGGGACAUAGACCACCUCGUAGACCAAAGAAACGAGCUAAAUUGGUUCAAAAAAAUUUGGAUACGCUAUUUCCUGGGUUGUGGUUGACGGAAAUUACACCUGACUUAUACAAAGUGCCCGACGAUCAGUAGAUUGUAAAGAUGGGAAGCUGGAAGCGUGUUUUCCUGACAAGAAAGAUGACACAUUUUGUGACUGAUCGACUAGUGUAGUUUGAAAUUUGAUGAAACAAUUGAUUUUCCUCAGGUAACAGAAAGGAUGUAAAAAAGGAGAAAUUUUAGUUGCUCUGGUGAUGCUAAUUCUGUUUAAAUGACUGGAUUUGUUCGCACUCUUUCUCUGUUUAUGUUCAUUGGAAUAAGUUUUAAUAUAUGGUGGGUUCAAUUUUGCA